UGAAAUAAUAACCUAUAAAUAUUCAUAAAAAUGGACUCCACGCCGCGUGGUCCUUCCAAGCCAGAGUCAGCAUCGGCGACCACGGAUGGCAUCGAGGAGGGCAACAUGGAAGAUACAUAUUCUUUGGAAACGGAACAGCACGUGCCACUGCCAUCGUUUCGUACUCCCCGUUCCAUGUUCUACGGCUGCUGCAUUGCCAAGGAGUAUUUCAUGGAGUACGUGAAUCUGGUGGACAGUCUGCAUAUUACGCCACGCCUGAUGAUACAGCGGAAACCGUUUCGCAAGAAUAACACCUACGGCCUGACGUUGACAAUUCGCAACACUGCACUGUAUCCACGCAAAGUCUUGAUCACUACGGAUAGUCCCAGCGAUACGACAAUUGACAUCUAUCAACCGGAACUAAAUACCUUCAUCGAGACGGACAAAGUUUUGCAGGUGAAAAUCAAUAUACGUAGCAAAACUGCGGUGCGUAUUAAUCGACCACGUUUCAUAUUCAUCAAAUCGUUUCAUCCCAACAUAACAUUUGAAGUGCCCAUUAUCGUUUUGAAAAACAUGAUCGCACCGUUCAUCUCGGAGCAAAUAACGCUACCCCCCACAGUGCCCAAGGACAGAUCCUAUUACGAAAUGAUCAUGUACAAUCCAACUAAGGAUCCCAUAAAUGUCAAGUACAGAAAUAGCUUCAAGGGACUCUCUCUGCACUAUAUGAAUCACCACGUCAUAGUUCCACAUGACUAUCUGAAGCUAUUGAUCAAAUUUGAUCCGAGGAAAUUGCAGGAAUACAAUGGAUUCUUCAAUGUUAAAUUUGGAACAUCUCCUCCCAGGAAUAUAGUGUUCAGUUAUACACCGAAAUCGAUGAGCGCGUAUGUAAAUCGCGGCUACUUGCCCUUUGGUCAGACGAAAUUUGGCGAUGAAGUGCAGCGUUCGUUUUCUAUAUGUAAUGAAAGCACUCAUCCUCUGAGAAUAGCUACCUCGUUCUACGCCAAAGAAACUGAGGACGAAGAGAAGUCCGCGGUUGGUUCGGCACGAUCGACCAUAUCGGAUAAGAUAAUCGAGUCGGCAGUUAGCAUGCAUAGCGUAUUGUUAUUUGAUUUUGAUGAGGAUAUCAAAUCCGAAGUUCUUUCAUACAAGGAUACGUCUAGAAUUCACUUUCAUAUAGAUGUGCCGCACCAAAUUGACCCGAUUACAUCCAGUCAGAUACUAAUCAAAUUUAAACCAAUCGACUAUGAGGAAUUUGCCGAACACGAGGUGCCACCAUUCCGGGAGCGCACAAAAAUCAAUCUCUGUUUCACGGAUAGCAUGGAGUGCAUUGAGACGCAUUCUAUCGUCCUCUUUGGGGAGAUCAAAGGCAUUGAUGUCGAGAUCUUUCCGACAGUGAUUGACUUUCGGAAAAUCUACCUGGGCGAGGAGCAUUGCGCAUUCAUCAAAAUUUUAAAUGUGGAUGGUGUUGUUGCCAAGGUGAAGUACGUGGAGUGCUUAGACCCGGACAUCUGUGGCGUUCGUGUCACACCUGACCAGGGUUUCGAGUUGGAGCCGUGCGAGCGUGGGAUCUUUCACUUAUCGUUUUUUACCAUUGUGCCCGCACGCUUUAACGUGACGCUGCGCUUUAAAGUUGUAAACGGCCUCUAUCACAAUGUCAGCGUAAAGGGCAUGGGCCAACACAUUCAGCUUCGCACAUUCCCGCAACUUGUCGAAUUUGGCACAAUUCCAUUUGGUGUGCCACAGAAACGCUUUAUGCUGCUCAUGAAUCCAUUGGCCGUGCCCAUUACCUUGCAGGUGAAGCCGACGGAAGAUGGCUUGGAACAGCCGUUGGUCUUUAAUAUUCGAGAAUCCGAAGUAUUGCCCAUAACGAUACGAGAUCCCAUUAGACAAUUGCAGCAAGUGCAUGACGAUCUACUCGCGGAAACCGAUUUGACUGAUAACAUUCAGAUAACGGACGUCGAGUUGGAGCAGCAAUCCGUGAAAUCGCUUUCAAUCAACGAAUCGGAAUAUAGCCUUCAAUUUGAAGAGGACAUCAUGGAUAGUGUACCUGAAAUGGCCUCGCAGCUGCUAAAAAACCUAAAGAAGCAGAAGAUAUUCGACAAAUCCGAGACGGACAAACGCGUCAUUCAGGAGGCUUUGACCAGCCUCUUGAAUACGAAUUACUUUAACAUCAUGAAGACACACAACAAUUUCAUAUUCCUCGACUGGAACGCCAUACCCAGCUAUCCCGCUGAAGUCUAUUGCGAUAACGAGAUUAUCUAUCUCAGACCAAAUACGGGACGUAGCAUAACCAUAUUGAUAGUACCAAAUCGGGUGGGCUACUUUCAUCGUUCGCUGACCGUGCGAAUCUGCCCGGCUAUACCCCUAGCGAGCUCAGAUUCGUCUGAAGAUCAAAUGAAGAUGCUGAUCAAAUCGGAGUUUCUUUGCUCCAAACUCUGGUUCGAGUACACCUGCAGCACCCCAGACAUCAUUUGGGAGAGUUUUGUCGAUCUCACCGAUCGCAUUAUGUACGCGGGUGAGGAAUAUAACUUCGAAAUGGAAUUCGAGAAUCCCUCCAAUGUCGGCGGAUUCGUGCACUUUGAUGUUAUUCCAAACGAAAUGGGGUUCAGUGAUGGCAACUGGAAGUAUUACAUUGGCUCCAAUUCCGUUUCGAUUGCCCAUUGCUUUGUCAUGUUCCGUAUUCUGGGCAUUAACAAACUAUCGGGUCUUCUCAAAAUUGUCGGCGCCCCACACGCAUUUCCUUUUCAUUUGUACGCAAAUAUACUGCCCACGGAAAUACGCAUUUCCCAGAUGUCUGUGCACGUCCGUCUGCAGGUUUUCGAGCUGCACAAGCAUUAUUUGUAUAUCGAUAAUGUUUCGCCGACGAAUACAGUGCUCUCCAUGAAAUUGGAAAACGUCGACUUUCAGUAUCUCACAACGAGAGGUGGAAAGUUGUCGCCCGAAGGCCAGAGCAUGUAUACGACUUUGGUGUCAAUGUUUACAGAUCCAGAUCUAUAUCAUAACACAUUGUACAUUGAUCUGCAGUUCGAUAAUGUCAUUGAAAUACCGAUUACAUUUUUAGUAGAGGGAGUCCCAAUAUACUUUGAUCCCGACAUAAGAGAUGGCCUAGAUGCGGGCGUACUCUUUACGGAUACUCAGGAACAUUUUCUGGCCAUGAUAUAUCCGUACCAUUAUAGCGUAAAGCUGACCAAUAAAGGAUUUCGUUCGUAUCGCUUGAAUGUGACACGUCUAACCACCUACAAUCCCGCAAAGAAGACAAGCGCCUGCGUCAAUCAGCCGUUGACUGCCCGCUUUGACAUAUAUCCCAAGGUCGUGGAGCUGCACCCACGGGCGGACGACUUCAUCGACAUAAUGAUGACCAGCUAUGAGGAAGGGCUCUACUUCUGUGACUUCAUGUUGGUGGUGACGGAUCUGAAGUAUCCACAACGCAAGCACGUGAUACGCCUUACGGUACAGGCGCAGUUUAUCGAAGGCCAUCUUACGUGGGACCGAAAGUGCCUUAGCUUUGAGUUCCAGCCCAGUUAUCCGCUGAAGCAACGCCCACAGAUCCGCACCGCCGUGCUGUGCAGUCAGGCCAGUAUACCGUUCGACGAGGUAUUGCUCGAGGCGGUGGGUCCAUUCCGCAUCAAGGAGCUGUACGAGCAUUCGUUUGAGAAACAAAUCAAAGUGUCUUUCGAAGGGUUCGAGCAAAAAGAGAUUUACAUCACUCUCAAUAACUCGACGGUGAGGCAAAUGUUUUGCAAGCUAGUGGAGGGGCGCAUCAAUGUGCUUGCCGUUAGCAAGCCACAAAAGCAUCUCAGUCUGCGGCUGACCGUGUUGGUGCCCGAAAUCCACAUAAUACAGCCCGAGCUGGUGCUCUUCGAUCGUGGCCGUGCAUACAACUACAAUGUGGAUAUCAUCAAUGACGGCUGCACCACCGCCGAUUACAAAUGGAAACGCAUCGAGGAGUCGAACAUAUUCAUUGGUGGUGAUGAUUCGGGUGAUGUGGUUGCCGAACUGCUCUCCGAUAUCAUACGCACUCUGGAGUACAACUUCAGCUGUGCGGAGGAGGAGAACAUGACAAUACGCUAUCAGAAGUGUCGCUGCCAGUAUCACAGCGAACAGGAGAAUGACUCACUGAUCUUCGAUAUACUCGAGGAGAUACUUAACGAACUGGAUCUCAGUCAUAGUCGCGUUCAUAUACCCCUAGACAUGAUGCCUGAUGUGUACGAUGAUAGUGAGGUGUUCAGUGAUUCGAGCUAUGUACAUCACACAAUUGAUUACAUUUUGGAUCAGCUGAACCUGGAGUCCAGCCAGCGGCUAUCUGAACCCUCCUCGGAGUACUGCUACUCGGAUCGUUUCAUUUACUUCUACGAAAAGACUGGACACUUGCGGAAGGUGGAGAGCAAGGCGUGCUUGAUCCAUCUGCCGCAUGUUCGUCGCUCCCACGAAGUGAAAGCCGUAUUCCAAUUGGAUGUGGUGGGCGGACGCAGUCAAUACUUGUCAGUGAUCCUUGUCAAUCUGGCGCAGAAAAUUAAAUAUCUAAAGGAUAAUGUCUACCUCAAUGUCAGGCCCUGGUACGAGCAAUUCAAUACUGUAAUACGCAUCUCGAAUGUCACAAAAUAUCCCUUACAAUUGAACCUCACGAGUCCAGAGAUAAAUGAGAGGCGUCUUAUCGAUGGCUAUGCCAAAAUAAUGCAAGAUGAGGAAAUGUUCAUGGAACCACUGGGUUACGAUAAAGUCAAAAUAUCUGGCAUUUUAGGCUUCAAUGAGAAUUUCUUACGCAUAUUCAACGUGUUGAUCAAUAACACGGCCAGCAGCUCGUUCCGGCUGCGCGGUCAGGGCAUAAUGCCCAUAUUGAAUCUGACGACGCCUUUGCCCAUGGUUGAACAGAUCGUGGACGAUAUUAUAGAGGAAUACGUAUAUAUGCGUAAGAUUUACAACUACGAGAUAUUCAAGAGCAUUACGGAAGUCGACAAAGAUGCCAUGGGUUUUUUUGAGGAGGAGGCUGAACAGGAGGACAAAAUAACCACCGAUUUUACUGAGCUCUCCGAGAGCGACGAGGACAUGCCCAGUGAACGGCAGCGCUAUCAUGACAUUCAGCUCUUCAAGAUGGUGCAGACGUAUGUGCUGGUCAAUAACAAUCAGGAGCUACCGAAUGCCGUGGUGCUCAAUCAAAUGCUCGUCACGGAGCGUUAUCUACAUAGGCUAAGCGUGAAUAUGGAGACAUUUGUCUUGCAUCAAAAGGUUUAUGAGAGCUAUGUCAACCAUCACAAGCCGCAGGGCUACAGGCUGCCCGUCACUGCCAGGCACUUCACUGUCCAGCCACUGCCCUGCGAACAACUCGCCUAUAUUCUGGAUUUGGGCCCACUGAUGCGUGACACCCUGCGUCGCUUUGAGCUGCGUUUGCAUUUCUUUGGACCCGGCAAGCUGAUUGCAUCGGCCCGCACUGCUGUUCGCAUUCCGGGUCUCUUUGUGGACUUUAACAUAGAGAAUCAUACCGACAAGAAGUUCACAUUUUGGGCCGAGAAGUGUACGGAGCUGGAGUACUUUAACAAGACCUAUCGCAACAUAUGGGAACGCUUAAUGGAUGCGGAUACAAAUCCCAAAUUGAAGCAUGCCCACUCGUUCGAUUUCAAUGAUUUUAUCCAUCAGCGUGAUGUAACCGAGAGGGAUCGCCACUUGAUCGAGGAGUACUAUAAUAGCUUAAAUCUUUCCGUUUAUCCCGAUCACAAGCAUCACUUCACACUGGCCCGCGUCCACACGGCUCACCACUCGAAUUUCUCCGGGGUUGAGAUGCGCAUGGUGGGCUACUUUAAGCCGGAGUCUAAGCACUAUCCGCUCGAUCAACGCAUCGAGGACUAUAUUUAUAUCGAUCUCCACAUGGGACCUACUAUGCCCAUACUGCUGCGUGGCAUAAUCAAGGCGUGAUUGACUCUGGAUGCUCGCUUCAGGCCGAUUACCGCUUUAUUAUAAUCGUUAAACUGAGAAUGUGCAAUUAGUUGAGUAUUGACUAAAUAAAAAGGCAGAACAGUCCCUUAGCA